AUGAAUCCUCUAGUGGAUAUGAUGGUGACAUGUCUCGGGGAAGAGGUUUCGGGUUUGGCGGUGGCGGUGGCAGAGGCAGCCGCUCUAGCUGGAUGUCCGGGGACUGGAUUUGCACCAGGUCAGGGUGCAACGAGCACAACUUUGCUAGCAGGAUGGAGUGUUUCAAAUGCAAUGCACCAAGGGACUCUGGUAGCAGAUCUCCAUAUUAAAUCCCCAUGGAUUCUCCAUUUUUUGG